CGGAGCAGGGACGAAACAGAGCCACAGACCAGGUAAAAACGAGAGACAGAAGGUGAAAGGAUCCAUGCUGAUACACAGGAAAAUGCUCUUGAACUUCACGUCAGUGGAGCAGGGAAAGCGGUAUUUUAGCUUAGCAGAACUCCUAGAGGACAGGUUUGCAGCAGGAUCGAAGAGGGUGGAGAUCGUAUCAUCCGGAGGUGAGGUGUGGGGAGAAAAGUGGUCCAUUAUCCGGAGGAGGUACGGUACGUCGACUGUUGUGGUGGAUGGGAUGAAACUAUCACUAGGAAGAGCCAAGCAACAUCUAGAACGGGGAGAGAAAUUCAUAGUUGGGCCGGUGGUAAAGACUGAGAGUGUGACAAGUAGAGGGAAAGGGUAUCUCAGGCUGCUACUGGAGAUACUGAAGAAGCAAGUGAAGCUGAAGUAUUUCGAUGUCACGAAGCUGGUCUUCUUAUACAGGUGCGCCAGGGAAUUCAAAACGAAGACUACGAGGAGAACGUUGAAGGAGAAGAUAGCGGCGGUGAUCAGGAAGAAGACCGGAGUGAACAUCAGGCUGAAGGUUAAUGUGGGGGKGAAAUAUAGCCACCAACUGAGAAAGAGGAAGUUACAUGACACGGUAGUACUAUGCGUGGAGAAAAGGAGAGUUCAUCCGGUGCUUAAAACGGUGCUGCGACGCCGAGUGAGAGUGGUGUGGAAGAAGAACAGCACGGUUGAACAGGUAUUAGUAAAUCAUCGGAAGGCAGCUAGGGAAGCCACGGCGGUGUGUACUUGCAGCCAGGACAAGCCGCCAAGGGUGGAUGGACAUGUGUUAGCAAGGGUAGCACAGUGUCCGACGGUUCCUCCGUUCCUGCACAACGGGAAAACUGUUAUGCAGAGCGAGGCCGGUACAAGACCAACGGAAGUCCAGCGAGCUGUCGGAAUGUCCUUGGAAGUAGUCAUGAGGAGGGAUUUGCUCUGGGUAGCUGACACAAGUUUGUUCCAAGAGAUGGUUUCAGACCGAGCAGAGAAAAGACCAGCAUGCACGGAGGAGCAAGCGAGGGAGGUAGCAGCAAAGUUGAGCCAUCUUGUAGUUGUCCCGGUUGACAGGAACCCGGGGGAUCUAGUGGUCAUGUACCCAUCAACGUACCAUCAUGAUCUUCAGAUGAUGUUCAACUUGAAUGUCGCCUACCAGCAAGUAUACGAGUCAUCCGAGAAAGAGGUGCUGAAGCAAGUGAGGAUGGAGUAUAAGAAACAAGCCCUUGACAAGAUAGGGGCCUGGAACCCAGCAGCCAGGCUAGGGCAAGCUUAUGUGAUGCCGAAGCAUAAAGACCUGACGAGGUGGAGACCGAUAGCGCCGGCUUGUACAAAAGGGUCUAAGACCGCGGGGAGAAGGCUAGCGCGUCUACCGAAUUUCCUGCUUGAGAAGGUUCCCCAAGCCAAGCAUUUCAACGUGAAAGCUACAGCGAUGUUGAAACAGAACUUAGAGAUAGCGGGAAAAGGGUUGAGUGUAUUUGAUGAUAGGUCUAUGGCCCUGAUGGCCAGCUACGACAUCAAAGAGAUGUUCACCUCGCUGCCGCACGUGGCGAUUUAGCGUGCUGUUGAUUGGCUGCUGCAACAGUGGGAGUUGAGAGGAGUGUAUAAGGUGAGCUUGAGCAGAAGAGGUUGAGUGGUAACUCUUAGUAGGAAGAGCCCGGGGCCAGGCUAUGUGACAAUCAAAUUCUCUCAGAUUC